AUGGCUGUGAUAGCCAACCUGGCUGACCGAACCUCUGUUGCGACUUUGCAAGCUGUACAGAGGUUCGGUCAACCGGCGGAAAAUAGAAACGGAAAUGGAGAUGGGGACAGUAAUGACUUAGGAGGUACGACCAACUCAACUGAAGCGGACAACUGGUUCCAAGUCAUAAAGCGCGCACUACAGGCUCAACAUGUCCCGGCUAACCAAUACGUGGAUUUUGCGGCCUAUCAACUGUUAGGAGAGGCACAACAUUGGUGGCAAGGAGAGUGCCAGUUGCUACAACUUCGAAACGCCGAGAUUCCUUGGGAUGUAUUUCAGACGGCGUUCUAUAAGAAGUAUUUUCUAGAAUCGGUAAGAGAAACUAGAGAGUUAGAGCUUAUGCAGCUGAAGCAAGGCUCAAUGUCAGUAGCAGAGUACACAAACAAAUUUGAAGAGCUCUGUAGGUUAGGUUCUCAAGGGUAUGUCAGGGAGUCCCUAAGUCAUAUGAGAGUUGGAAAUGUAUCAAUGAACAAAGCCCGAGUGGUGGAGGACUGUGCCAAGAAGGUAAUUGAGGCGAGAGAAAAUCGAGGUUAUACUAACAACCGAGCUCGUGGAGAUUACCUUGCACCAAGGGGAAAAAACUUUAAAAGAGAUGGGAACUUCAGAGGAGAAAAUGAUGCUCAGUUUCACCAUAGGAGGGAAGGUCGUAUGUGUUUUACUUGUGGGAAGCCGGGACAUAUAUCCAAGUAUUGUCGCUGCGGGAGGAAUCGAGAUGAGGGUCAGAAUCAACAGCCAGGCCGUGUGUUUACCUUGGAUGCACGUGAUGCGACGGGGUCGGAUCCUCUGAUGAGAGGUAAGUGUAUGCUUUGA